UUUUAUGCAAAUAUGUACCUUUCACGAUAUCAAACGUUUAGAUACGUGUAUAGUUUAAAUUCGAGUACACGACAAACGCCUGACUGAAUUCAACUGUACAUAGUUCGACUUUAGUAAAGGUUUUUUGUGUUACACGUAAGCUGAUUCCGGAUAGAUAUUAAACAAAAAAUAUGCAUUUUAAAAUUGUUGUUCUUUUCUGUGCGUUAAACUUCUUAACGACAACACGGAGCUUUGGAUUACACCAAAGCCAUAUAAAGGGAUUAGUUAAUCUGUUUGUAACCACGAAUGAUGUUAAUAAUGAAAAUUAUUACGAUAUGAUCGAUGAGUAUUUUAUAUUUUGGGCGGGCAUUACAGAUGAUGUUCAAGUACACGCACUGAAAAAAACAUUGGACGAUGAUAUAACCAUGACGGAGUUUUUGAUAUUGCUGGCCUAUAAUAAAAAAGAAUUAUUCACCUGGAUGGAAAUAAGUUUAUCGACUUAUGAAGUAGAGCUUUUCGUAAGAAUGUUCAAUGCACAAGACACAUUAGGUGAAAGUGACGCACUCCUCACCCAAGAUGAAUUCAAUGACCUAAUUGACAACGGUUUUAAUCUAAAAGCAGACGUUAAGGAGCUAAUAAAAAAUGAAUAUAAAGGUGAAAAUACAAUUCACGUUUUACAAUUCUUGGCGGCAAUGUUAAAAUAUAAAAAAAUGGGCAAAGGUUUGAACAAUGCACAAUUAAACAAAUGCUACGCUUUAUAUACCAACAGUUCUAACGGCUUCUUGGAUUCUCACAAACGACGAAAGUUAUUAGAAACGUUAAACAUUGUUUCCGAUGAGUACGUUGAGCUGCUGGAUUUCAAGAACGUGUACCCCGCCGCUCAAGAGUUAAAAGUGCUCUUAGUCCUUUGGUCGGAAUAUAAUGAAGACGUCGAUGUUACUUCUGAUAGUGUAUCCUUUUUAACUACGGAGGAAGUUUGGCUUGGCAUAUGUGACUUCACUCAAUAUGACGAUAACGGAGAUGGAUUACUCAGCUCUUUGGAAUUUUAUUACUUCGCAACUGAUUUCUUCUCCGAGUCAGAAGCCUAUAUACUGAAAACUAUAAUUGAGACAUUUAAUCCCUAUGAGCAUCCUAUGUGCGCUGCAAGGUUCUUGAGCAUGAAAUUGUUGAAGAAACACAUGCAAACCCAAAAACAUUAAAAAUUAUUUGUCUAACUACGAUUAAUAUUUAUUUCAUCCUACUGUACUUGAUUGUAGUUAUGUUAUGAUAUAUAAUAGUCUUUAUUAUAUUAAUAA